AUGGGUAAUAUAUUGGGAACGGUAUUCCAGAAGCCACAAAAGUCUAUUAAACUGGUAUUAAUAGGAGUUCCCGGAAUGGGUGUGGGUAGGACCACGUUAACAUAUAAACUCAAAUGUCCCGGGGAGCACAUUGAAACAAUUGCAACCGCUGGGUACAACCACGAGACUAUUACAUACAAUAAUAUUGAGUUCGAUAUAUGGGACCUUGGUGGUGGCUCCAAAAUAGCCCCCCUAUAUAAACACUUCUGUCAUAACACACAGUGUAUGGUGUUUGUGGUGGACAGUAGUGAUCGUGAGUGCAUUGGUGAGGCCAGGGAUAUAUUUUGGUCACUGCUGUCGGACGAUCAGCUCCGGGAUGCUGUGGUACUGGUGUUGGCUAACAAACGGGAUAAACCCGACGCUAUGACUAUGGAGGAGGUGUCGGAGCGCAUGGGCUUACAUACGUUGAGAACUCAUAGGUGGCAUAUCCAGAGUACCUGUGCGAUCACCGGUGAGGGCCUGUAUGAAGGGUUGGACUGGGUAUCAAAAAACGCUGGAUAA